AGCCUGAUUUACCAUGCACACUUAUCCUCUCUUAUCAGCACAAUCAAACUUUACAUAACACUUUUCAAUAUUCUACCUUGACUUGAGUGAAUAUCUGUGUGUAAUAUGCACUGACCGAGGUGCGCACAACUAAGUCAUCAACUUCUGACCAAAGUUCCUGUCUUUCUGGUCAGGCGCAGUCUGUGGGCAGCUAUAUUUGGGCUCCGUCUGUUGAUUCUAAUAGCCGUUUUCCGCUAUCUGCCUCUUGAUUAAUAUCCACGAUAGCUAUAUUGACUCGAGGAGGUUGCAGCGUGUUCCUUCAGAACCAUGGCGUCAGGCGAACCAAGAGCGAAGAAACUCCGACUGACAGAUGAGAAAAAGGAGAAGAAAACCCCAGAAAAGAAGACCCCAGAGAAAACCCCAGAGAGUUCAAGGAAAGCCCCGACCAAACUGGGCCCUAAUUCUCUGUUCGGGAUGGGGAACCCCCUGCUGGACAUCUCAGCUGUCGUGGACAAGGACUUCCUGGAGAAGUACGGUCUGAAGCCCAACGACCAGAUCCUGGCCGAGGACAAGCAUAAAGCAUUGUUUGAAGAGAUUGUCAAAAAGUUUAAAGUAGAGUACCAUGCCGGAGGAGCUACACAGAACUCUAUAAAAAUCGCCCAGUGGAUGAUCCAGGAUCCCCACAAGGUGUGUACGUUCUUCGGCUGUAUCGGAGAAGAUAAGUUUGGGGAGAUUCUGAAGCAGAAGGCAGACGAGGCCCACGUGGACGCCUACUACUAUGAGCAGACAGAGGAGCCUACAGGGACCUGCGCCGCAUGCAUCACCGGAGACAACAGGUCCCUGGUAGCUAACCUAGCGGCAGCUAACUGUUAUAAGAAGGACAAACAUCUGGACUUGAAGGAGAACUGGAAACUGGUGGAAAAAGCCAAAGUUUACUAUAUCGCUGGUUUCUUCCUGACGGUGUCUCUGGAGUCCAUACUGAAAGUGGCCAAACACGCUUCUGAGAACAACAAGCUGUUCACUCUGAACCUCUCCGCUCCCUUCAUCUCUCAGUUCUUCAAAGAUGCCCUCAUGGAGGUCAUGCCCUAUGUGGACGUGCUGUUCGGCAACGAGAUGGAGGCGGCCACGUUUUCAAAAGAGCAAGGCUUUCAGACUGAGGACAUCGAGGAGAUUGCUAAGAAGGCCGAGGCUCUGCCCAAAGUCAACAAGAAGAGACCGAGAAUCGUUGUCUUUACUCAGGGGAAGGACGGAACCAUCAUGACCAAAGGAGGUGACAAGGUGGAGACGUUCCCAGUGCUGAAGAUUGACCAGAAGGACAUUGUGGACACAAAUGGAGCCGGAGAUGCCUUUGUAGGAGGAUUCCUGUCAGAGUUGGUCCAGGACAAGGAGUUGGAACAGUGUGUGAAAGCAGGACACUACGCUGCCAACGUCAUCAUCAGACGAGCAGGAUGCACCUUCCCCGAAAAACCAGACUUCCACUGAUGACCUGUAACCUUAAUUGCUGACCUCUUACCCCUACCCCAUCCACCCUUCCAACUGAAUGAAACCAGGUCCCCCCUGUCCUUUUUUUUCUUCCAACCAUCCAUCCAUGCCUUCAUCCAAUCCAUCCAUAUAUCUGUCAUUGCUUUCAUCCCUUCUUCCCUUGUCUUUCUGCAACCAGACUUCUGUGCCUAUUCUUCUUGUCCUACGCUAGGGGAUGCUUUCGGGCCACACUGCCUGAUACAGCAGUAUCUGUUUAUACUGAUGUUCAACUGCCCUCCCUAAGGACUGCUGAAGUCUACUGCCCUCUGUAAACACAGUUAGACAUUAGGUACCAACGUAAUACUGCCGAUUCACAGUUAACUAUCAGCCUCUCAAUAAACUGUCAUGUUUACACACACUGCAGGAUGCUGCUGGAAUCCGACUGCUGUCCAGUCUUCUCCUUGGAGACCGAGCUAAAGCCAAGUUAGUGAGUCAGGAUUAGGUAACCGGUUAGGGACAUGGUUAAUGGGUUAGUUACGGAUGGGUGAACACUGCGCAUAGAAAUUAGAUAGGCGGUGUCAUUGUGGUUUAGAUUUGAUCAUUGUUUUCAUUGAUUGAUGUUUUAUUGUGACUGGAGGCUUAUUGAAACGGAAAAGUGUUGUUGCAGGGUAGUGUUGCUGUAAAACCAAACAGAUUCCUUAACCUUAAAGCGCACAGUAAAAGUGUAAAGUUCUCUGUACACUUUGUAAAUGUGUAAAGGCCUCUGUGCACUUUGUAAACGUGUCAAAGCC